AUGCACAAACUGGGCAGCUCCUUUUUUGAGAUGGCUCUCACCCUGACAGUGUACAACCACUCACUGGAAAUGGCAGGUGGACAUCCUGACCAAGCUCAAGCAGCGUCGUCAAGCUUCUUCCUCAUCCACUCCAUCAUCUCGGCAGUAGCGUCCAUGAUUUCCAGCUUCCCACUAGGCCGCAUCGCAGACCGACAGGGACCUAAAGUGUUUUUGGUCGUUCCUCAGAUGGGAUCUCUCAUAGGAAUGUGCUUCCUGGUUGUCUUCCUGUUCCACAAUCUACCCGUGGAGUUCCUCUUCCUCGGAUCCAUGGUGUACGGCCUCAGCGGAGGUCCUCCUGCUUACUGGGCUGGUGUGGUGGCUUUGGCGUCACUCAGCUCUAAGCAGAAGCACCGCACGUUAAAACUCAACGUUGUGGAUCUCUGUGUUGGCAUUGCAGGGGUGCUGGGUGGUCUACUAUCUGGGUAUGUGUACCAGAUAGGACAUCAAGGAUUGGUCCUGCUAAUGACCGCCAUGCUCUUCACUGCGGCGGCGCUUUUUCAUGCCGUGUUUCUGCUCUCCAGUUCAAGACAAAAGAGUGAUGAGAAGGAGCGUCUACUGUCAAGCGGUGAAAGGAUGGACAAAGUCGCAGUAGGGCUGUUGAUGUCAGCCAUUGUGCUGUUUGAUCUGGGUAUGAUUGGAGCAGAGAACGUUCUCACGCUCUACGUGCUUAAGCCUCCACUGAGCUGGGAUUCAGUGUGGGCUGGUUAUGGCAACGCAGCCACCAACGCCAUGUAUCUGAGCAGCUUCCUCGGGGUGCUAGCGCUAUCCGGUGUGCUAGGAGAUGUUGCCCUGUCUCUGCUCGGCAUCGUGUCCAACUGUACAGGAAUGGCUAUCAUGGCGUUCACAGUGGAGAGUUGGGUCUACUUCAUGGCACGAGGGAUAAUGAUGUUUGCCUGUGUUCCCAUGCCAACGCUGCGAGCGAUGCUUUCCAAAGUUCUGGACGCGCAGCAAUACGGAUGUGUUUUUGGUCGGCUACAGUUGGCUCUGGCUGUGACUGAACUUCUGUCUACGGUGCUCUUCACCUCUAUUUACCCUCUGACUCUGAACUGGUACAGCGGCCUCUGUUUCCUUCUCUCUUGCGCCAUCAGCUACCUCAGCAUCAUACCUAUCCUGUGA